AAUUCCUUGAAAUUGAAUAAUUUGGGUAAAAAUGUACACGAUCAAGGUCUUUCUUUUCAUCAUUCCUCUAGUUAUUUCUUCCAGAAUUGACCAAGAUUAUUCAACACUUGAUUCGGCAUCUCCAGAGCCAAACUCAAGAUUUGCUAUGCUAGAUGAUGUGAAAAUCUUAGCCAAUGGCCUCCUUCAGUUGGGACACGGUCUCAAAGACUUUGUCCAUAAAACCAAGGGCCAAAUUAAUGACAUAUUUCAAAAACUCAACAUAUUCGAUCAGUCUUUUUAUGACCUGUCCUUGCAAACUAAUGAAAUCAAAGAAGAAGAAAAGGAACUUAGAAAAACCACAUCCAAACUGCAAAUCAAAAAUGAAGAAGUAAAGAAUAUGUCUCUUGAACUCAACUCAAAACUCGAAAAUCUCCUAGAGGAAAAAAUUCUACUUCAACGAAAAGUGAAAUAUUUGGAGGAACAAUUAACUCACUUAAUUAAAGAGCAACCUGAAAUUCAGGAAUACCCAGAAGUAACUUCACUUAAAACUUUUGUAGAACAGCAAGACAACAGCAUUAGAGACCUUCUCCACACCGUGGAAGAACAAUACAGACAAUUAAACCAGCAGCACAGCCAAAUAAAAGAAAUAGAAAAUCAGCUAAGAAGAACGGGUGCGAUUCAAGAAUCCACAGAAAAUUCUUUUUCUACCAAAGCAAGAGCACCAAGAACUACUCCUGGUCUUCACUUGAAUCAAACAACAAAUGCAGAAUAUGAUGAGAUUCCUGUUGAUUGCACCACCAUUUAUAAAAGAGGAAAACACAUAAGUGGUAUUUACUCCAUUAGACCCAGAAACUCUCAAGCUUUUCAUGUCUACCAACAUCACGCAUUAUAUUUAGGUAGUUCAUGGACUCUACUUAAGCAUCUAAUAGACGGAUCACAAAAUUUCAGUGAAACUUGGAAAAACUACCAAUAUGGUUUGGGGAAGCUUGAUGGAGAAUUUUGGUUGGGUCUAGAGAAGAUAUACUCCAUAGUAAAGCAAUCUAUUUACAUUUUACAAAUUCAGCUAGAAGACUGGAAAGAUAACAAGCAUCUCCUCGAAUAUUCCUUCCACUUGGGCAAUCAUGAAACUAACUACAGGUUAAACCUGGCUGAGAUUACUGGCAAUGUGCCCAGGGCCCUUCCAGAACACAAUGAUUUGAUGUUUUCCACUUGGGAUCACAGAGUGAAAGGAUACUUCAGCUGCACUGAAAGUUACUCAGGAGGCUGGUGGUGGAAUUAUAAAUUCCAGGAAAAUAACCUAAAUGGCAAUUACAACAAGCCCAAAGCCAAAGCUAAACUGGAGGAGAAAAGAAGAAUUUGCUGGAAAACUCAAAACAAAACGCUACACUUGAUCAAGUCAACCAAAAUGCUGAUCCAUCCAAAAAACAGAUUCAAUUACAGCAGCUUCGAUUUAAGAUGA